CAGCGGAAGUAGGAGAGGAAACCGUACACGCGUGUUUUCUCUGCUGAGCUGAAGGUUACAGACGAAGCGGCGGGUAGAAGUGUCACCAAGUGUCCGCUGCGGAGGGUCACCUGGACGGACGGACCGUGUGUGUGUGUGUGUGUGUGUGUGAGCGGCAGUGAACCCCGGAUAUGGAUCCCAUGAAGGCACAGCAGCUGGCGGCGGAGCUGGAGGUGGAGAUGAUGGCUGACAUGUACAACCGAAUGACCAACGCCUGCCACAGGAAGUGUGUACCGCCACACUACAAGGAGGCAGAGCUGACCAAGGGGGAGUCCGUGUGCCUGGACCGCUGCGUGGCCAAAUACCUGGACCUCCACGAGAGGCUGGGACGCAAGCUGACAGAUCUCUCAGUCCAGGACGAGGAGAUGAUGAGGAAGGCAGCUGUUGGGAGUGGCUAGAGACUCUGAUAAUGAUGGGGGGGUGUCACUGGGUUACAGGAUGUGGUUAGCAUGUCUGGUUUCUGUAUGAUGAGGGACUGUGUUUUAAAGUAAAGGGUAGGGGUACUAAAAAAAAAAAGAGUUAAAUUAAUGUUGGGGCCACUGAGACAAACUGCAGACGGGGUUGGAAGAUGCAGCGGAGCACUUGGUGGAUUGGCCGAAAAUCUUGACACUGCUCAGUCCAAUUUGUUUUACAUUCAGCUUGGCCUGGCCCUCAAGAGUCCCCUGAAAAAGUCAUACUUUGUGCUUGUUUUCAGCCGCUCCCAGCAGAAACUCACAAUACUUUGUUGUUGUUGCUGAAGAUUUGUGGUACCCGCCAUCUGGUACCUGCAGCAGGUUAAAACAAACACUGUUGAUCUGAAAUUCAUCUUUGAUCAUCCCAAAUCACCCUUGGAACUUGUUUUUGAAAGUGCUGAGAGCAAACAACAGCAUGAUAUUCAGGUGGAGAUGCAUUGUUUUCUUUUUCAAGUGGUCUGCACAAAGCCAUUAAAUACAUCCAAUCAAACACAUCAGCAUCAAAUAAUGCACUGAAUAAUUUCUGUAUGGAAGUAUGGUGUGAGUCAAAAUGUUUUUUAUACGACACUGCAUCGUUAACUGAGAGAUACAGACUCAUAGCUGGGUCUUUUCUGGUCACAUGGACAGACUGAUCUUUGCUCAUUUGUCAUGUCUGUAGACUUGUGCUAUAUGUGAGUGGACCAGAGGCUUCUGUGUUCCAUUGUCUUUAAUUACCCUAAUUAAACAAAGACAUACUUUA